UACGCACAGGUGGGAUAGAUGCAACUAAUUAGGCUUCCGGUUUACCUGUGUUCCUGUCGUGUGUGCUGGAGACUAAUGGAGACCUGCUUCACAUCACUAAGGAGCAGUGGUCUGCUGUGAAGUGCCCGGGGAGCAACUUGGGGUUCAGUGUCUUGCUCAAGGACACUUCGACAUGCAGACAGCAGGAACUCGGGAUCGAACGAGGACGCUCUACCCACUAAGCUACAGCCACCCCCUUACAUAGAUUAUGAAUGAUGUAAUCAAGAAGGUAAAGAAGAAGGGAGAAUGGAAGGCGCUGAUCGUGGACCAGCUGAGCAUGAGGAUGUUGUCGUCCUGCUGCAAGAUGACAGACAUCAUGACAGAGGGCAUCACCAUCGUGGAGGACAUCAUGAAGCGACGAGAGCCUCUUCCCAGCCUGGAGGCCAUUUACCUGAUUACACCCACAGAGAAGUCUGUCCACACCCUCAUCGCAGACUUCAAAGACCCUCAUUCAGCUAAAUACAAGGCAGCCCAUGUUUUCUUCACUGACUCCUGCCCUGAUCCUCUCUUCAACGAGCUGGUGAAGAGCCGCGCUUCCAAAACCUGCAAGACUCUGACAGAGAUCAACAUCGCCUUCUUGCCCUACGAGUCUCAGGUGUACUCUCUGGACAAUCCAGAUGCCUUCCACAGUUUCUACAGCCCCCAUAAGACCCAGCUCAAGAACCCGGUGAUGGAGAGGCUGGCUGAGCAGCUGGCCACGCUCUGUGCCACCCUGAAGGAGUACCCUGCUGUCAGAUACCGAGGCGAGUACAAGGACAACGCCACCCUGGCCCAGCUGGUUCAGGACAAACUGGAUGCCUACAAGGCUGAUGACCCCACUAUGGGAGAGGGCCCAGAUAAGGCUCGCUCACAGCUGAUCAUCCUGGACAGGGCGUUUGACCCCGUCUCUCCUGUCCUGCAUGAGCUCACCUUCCAGGCCAUGGGCUACGACCUGCUGCCCAUCGAAAACGACGUCUACAAGUAUGAGACCAGUGGCAUCGGAGACUCUCGCGAGAAGGAGGUUCUGCUGCAUGAAGACGAUGACCUGUGGGUGAGCCUGAGACACAAACACAUAGCUGAGGUGUCCCAGGAAGUGACACGACAGCUGAAGGAAUUUUCUGCCAGCAAGAGGAUGAACACCGGGGAGAAGACCACAAUGAGGGAUCUGUCCCAGAUGUUGAAGAAGAUGCCUCAGUACCAGAAGGAGCUCAGCAAGUACUCUACUCAUCUGCAACUGGCUGAGGACUGCAUGAAGCAUUACCAGGGAACAGUGGACAAGCUGUGCCGUGUGGAACAGGAUCUGGCUAUGGGCACAGACGCUGAGGGAGAGAAGAUCAAAGACCCCAUGAGGGCCAUCGUACCCAUCCUGCUGGAUGCCAACGUCACCACGUACGACAAGAUCCGCAUCAUCUUGCUCUACAUUUUCCUCAAGAACGGCAUUACGGAGGAGAACCUGAACAAGCUGAUCCAACACGCUCAGAUCCCCCCAGAGGACAGUGAGAUCAUCACCAACAUGGCUAACCUGGGUGUCCCCAUCGUCACAGAUUCCACCCUCCGCCGAGGAAAGAAGCUGGACAGGAAGGAGCGUGUGAGCGAGCAGACCUAUCAGCUGUCCCGCUGGACACCACUGGUCAAGGACAUCAUGGAGGAUGCUAUUGAAGAUAAGCUGGACACCAAGCACUACCCCUACAUCUCCACCCGCUCCUCUGCCUCCUUCAGCACCACUGCAGUCAGUGCUCGGUACGGCCACUGGCACAAGAAUAAGACACCUGGAGAGUACCGCACCGGGCCACGUGUCAUGGUCUUCAUCAUCGGCGGCGCGUCCUUCAGCGAGAUGCGCUGCGCCUAUGAGGUCACACAGGCCAAUGGGAAGUGGGAGGCCGUCAUUGGUUCCACCCACAUGCUCACCCCCACCAAAUUCUUAUCGGACCUUCAGCACCCCGACUUCCGAGAGUCCACUAGGGUGUCCUUUGAGGAAGCAGAACCCACAGCCGAGUGAGGCAGAGACAGAUUGGGAGGGAGGGAGAGAGAAAUCACACUGAAAAAAGAUCGACUCACAUCUUCACCCCCACCAGCCUGCUGGAGCAGCUCAAGGCCAUGAACAAACCAGAUGAGGAAGUCACAAGCUAAGAUCCUCUAAAUACGUCUCUCUCCUCUUUACCUUUCCCCCCUUCUACCCAUCUUACCGCUGUAUCCUUCCCUCCCACAAAAAACCCUACAUUAAUUGUGUAUGCAUCUUGCUUGAGAAGAAAAAGACAUCUUAGAUGAUGAAAAAAAUAUAUGUUGUAUAAAAAUUGUUGCAAGUAUUCUCAUGUUUUACAAUGGAUGCAACUAAAUGAGCUUAUUUAAAAAAAAGGUUUAAAUAUCACAACAGAUGGCCAUUUAAAACUGAAAGUACCAAAAUGUAAUAUUGUAUGCUAUGAAACCUGUGCAAAAGGUAAAGACAUUUUCUCGUUUGUUCCUUUGGGUUUCCUCCUUGGUGUGAGUUUUAUUGAAAGCGGGUCGAGGAGGGAUGUGCCGUUUGAGAGGUUGAUGUUGUAAAAUAUAUCAGUCAACAUGCAAUAUAUAUAUAAUAUAUUUGUCAGAGAGGAGCCCUCCCCCACCCCCAUCCCUUGCCCAUUUGAGAUGUUCGUACACAGUAGCAUGCUUGGACUUGUGUGGACUGUUAAUGUGUUUGUAUCCAGUGUGGAUGUUCUGGGAGCUGCAGAGUUAGCAAUUGAAUACUACAAUGAAAACCUUUGUUUUGAGUAUCAAAGUAUAAAUACAUGUUUUGAAACUUUUCAAACCACUCCUGAAGCAUUACCCCACUACCAUACGGUCCAUCUGUAAACUCAGUUCAUUAGGUAGAACUAUGAAAAAAUGUAAAUCUGAUGCAUUAUACUCUGAUGUGUUUUUAAUAUUUAGUCUACUGAUACUCAAAACAUACAUUUUCGUUAAAGUAUUUGUGUCAAAAUGCUUGGUUGAGCAGACGUUGGAAAGAGAGCGAGCUCUGUAAAAAGCCAGAAUCAUCCCUCCUCCGGCUGCCGAGACUGUAAAGUAUUUACUUGCCACAACCUUUUCCUUUCUCCGGAGAAACUUCACGUUUUAAUGUCGAAAAGGCCGUUGCUUGCUGAUAUUUAAUGAAUAAUCUUAAAAAGGGCCAGUUGUAUUUCAGUAUUGUAUCCUGUCAGAUUAAGUCUUAUCAUUGGUUAGUAAUGAUGUUUAAUUGGGCCAUGCACUGAGUAGUGUUGUGUAUGUGCCAUAUGUUGCCGUUUUAGCGUCUCACUGUUGACUGGUAAUAUUUCUGACUGUGAAGUAGUGAUACUUUUCCUUUAAAAAAUGUCAAUGUGAAGCCGCCGUGUUUGUGAUGUUUUAGCUCUAGCUGUUAGUGGUCAACCCGGGAAAAAAGAACUAAUAUCUAUAUUUUUUUUGUCUGUUUCCUCCUCUGGUGCAAUGUAAAACCCUCCAAUGGUGAAUGGCUUUGCAAAAAAAACAACCUUAAAUCCACCCUUUUCACUUUUAUUUCCUCCCUCCCUUCCCUCCUUCCUGGCCAAACAAGUUGUAUAUUGCACUAUAAUGCGUUUUCUGUGAUGCAAACGCUUGACUUUGUGUUCACUUUUUUUCUAUUAUAAUUUGCUGUUGUAUAGGGUUUACUCAAUUGAUUUAUAUCAAAUUUAUUUAUCAGAGAAAAAAAUAAUAGUGAUGCAAUAGUCUGUCCUAAAACUGUUUAACUUAUUGGGAUUGUAUGUUUGCGAGUGUUGAAGCACAAACAAUACUUCCAUGUGUACCUAAUAUGUACUAAGGCUGUCUAAUAAAUUGGCUUCCAUUACAUUAAAA